CUUAUUUGCUCCCAGACCGUCUGGUGCUUCUGGGUGACCUGCAGAUAUGUCGGAGGAGACACCAGACAGCGAGGAAGUGCAGUCCGCACUGGAGUACCUAGAGAUGUUGAAGGAAGGCAAUAUGUUUGUUGGCAAGGAGGGUAUGCUGGAGCAACUCACAAGAUUGGCAAAACAGGGUGUCCAUCCUUUGGAGGUAUUUCAGUCAAUGAGAAAGCCUGUCCAAGAGGAGAAGAUGCCGCCAGUCCUGUCCAGUUUCGACAUGGAGGGCAUUGCUAGAUAUAUCGCAGAUAAGGGUUGCAAGCAGGUGGUGGUGAUGUGUGGUGCCGGGAUUUCGACCUCUGCCGGCAUCCCAGACUUCAGAACCCCAGGCACUGGCUUGUACGACAACUUGCAGCGCUUCAACUUGCCACAGGCCGAAUCCAUCUUUGAAUUGAACUUCUUCCGCAAGAAUCCUGGAGCCUUCUAUGAACUGGCGCGCGAAAUGUGGCCAGGAAAUUUCGAGCCAACCCCAGCACAUUAUUUUGUGCGGCUCUUGAACGACAAGGGGAUUCUGCUUCGAUGCUACUCACAAAACAUUGACAGCCUGGAGAGACGCGCAGGCUUGCCAGCUGAGAAGCUGGUAGCUGCCCAUGGCAACUUUGAUGAAGCUCAUGUCAUUGACACUGAGCCUGAGAUCAAGGUAGACAUCAACGAGCUCAAGGCGGCUCUUGACAAGGGUGAAGAAGGCUGGAGAGCAUUGAAAGAUGCGAAGGGUGGCUUGGUGAAGCCCAAGAUCGUGUUCUUUGGUGAAGAAUUGCCAGAGAGGUUCGCACGUUUGCAUCGGCAAGAUUUGGCCACUUGUGACUUGUUGAUCGUGAUGGGAACAUCGCUGGUGGUGCAACCCUUUGCUGGACUUGUUGGCUACGCAACGAGAACAGCCCCGCGAAUGCUGAUCAAUCGAGACCGAGCAGGCACAUGUGACAGCCUGAAGUUUGGCUUCCGCUUCCAUCUAGAAGGUGAAGACAAUUGGCGGGAUGUGUUCCAUGAAGGCGACUGCGACGCUGGCUGCACGGCUUUGGCAGAAUUGCUGGGCUGGGACAAAGAUCUGCAGGCGCUGAUUGAUUCCAAGGGGCAAGCUUCUGUGUACAGGGCCCCUUGGGUGGAAGCAUCCGAAACUUAGAACGAACCCAAUAGAGGUGGCAAAAAAGG